CCAGGUCGACGACGGAACACCAGUACCACCUCUACGCCACGACGCCACACAGCAAGUCCGUCAACUCCCUGGAUCUGCGACGUCGCGAAGGUGGUCAGAGCCGCCACCUCGACGGUGUGUCCGCAGCAGGCGGCACGGACGGCGCCACAGCCGGUCUGGGCGUCGACUUCGACAAGGAACAGAGCCGCCAGCGGCAAAGACAGCGGCUGGAGUUCGGCGGAGACGGACGGACCGACAACGGAGGCUACCUCGGCAGCAAAUUUGGCCCGCCUGGCGAGGGCCACGACGACCACGGGAACGGUGGGAGUGCCACGACGCAAACACGGGGAUGCUGGUUCGAAUCCUACCUGGUGGCGGUGUGGACUCUGGCACAGGUUCUGGUGGCCAGAGACGUCCUGGAGAGGCUGUUAUGAGCGCGUGUUCUCCUCAAGCCGAUGAUAUAUGUUCUUUAGAGCUAUGUGGGUGUGUGUGUUCUGUAGCUCUAUGGGGGGGGGGCCGCGGCACUAGCUCUGAAACCUUGAGGGCUUAAUGUGGCUCUGCGAUGUGUGAAGUGGCUCCAAAAGGGUGAAAUGCAAUACAAUGAGGCUGUAAUUUGGCUCUACAAGUAUUUGCUGUAGCAAUAAGAGGCUGUAACCUGUAGUACAUGGAGAGCUCAACAGGGCGAGGCCCGUGGUGGUGUUAGUGGUGGUGGUAGUGGUGGUGGUGGUGACACCACACGUGCUGGGGAUCACCACGAUAGCAGAGCACCUCACCAUAUCUUCAGCGUCUCUCCCAAACCCUCGAUAACAUCGAUCAUUUCAUCAGUCAUACAAUUAUCUCUCGGAGAAAUAGUCAAAAUAAAUUAGAAAAAUGAUAUCAAAUUAAAAAAAACAAAAUAAAAAACCCACAUACCUAAAACCUUCAAGAAAUACAAGAAAUACAAAUUCAACCUGAAUGGAGACCAAUCACUACCAGUAUGUGUUGCGAUAUGCAAUUCAUCAAUAAAUAUAUACAAUUUCUCCAACCGUGCAACACAGCAGUCGACUGGCUCCAGGAAUGCCAUUAACGCGUUCCCUCUGUGUAGACAGCAUUUACAGUUCGUAUAUAAGGCAUUUCUCUCACAAUAGACAAAUUACCCAGAAAUGUUGAUAUUAAUGAAUGAAUGGAUGUCAGGCUCCAGUCAGGUAGACACACUUCAGCGUGCUAUUAAUUAAUGAUGUCUCAAUAAUUCCUAAUGUCAUUUAAUUUAUGUCAUUUUUAUCAGUAAGGAGCAUUGAAGUGCUUCAAAAUAUAUUCUAAUUCUAUACUAUUUCAAUAUUUUUGGUUAAUACGCUGUUAUUUUUUUUAUGGUCUGUUUUGAUAUUGAUAAGUGCUAUUGUUUGUAAUGUAUAUGUUCUGUAUAAGAGCGAUGCAAUGCAAUUAGACGAUUCACAAUAACUCUGCAUUCGAAAGGUAUUUCCUUUGUGUGUGUGUGUAUAUGUACUCACCUGUGUGUGUGUGUGUGUGUGUGUGUGUGUGUGUGUGUGUAUAAGUCUGAGAUUGAAGAUAGUGAUUAUUGAAAAAUACAUUCCUAGGGCCAGAUUCACGAAGCAGUUACGCAACCUCUUAAGAACCUGUCCAUCUUUUCUCAAUCUUU